AUGGAGCCCCACAACGUGACCGUGGACGAGGCCCGCCUGCUCCAAGAAGGAUAUAGCCGCCGCCUGGAAGAGGCCGCCCGAGAAGCCGCUGAGGAAGCCGCCCGAAAAGAAGCUGCCCGCCGCGAAGCCGUCGCCGCCGCAGCCCGUGCCGUCCAAGAGGACCCCGAUUUCCUGCGUCGGGUGCAAGUUGAGAUUGACCAACGCGUCGAGAAGGCCGCCGCCGUACAUGCCACCGCCGUCCAGGCCGACCGCAACAGGCAGAUGGCCGAAGAAGUGGAGUGCCGCGUGCAAGCGAUGCUAGAAGAGCGCGUCGCCGCCGCAUUUGCAGCACGAGCCAAGGCGUCCCAGGCUGAGGUGCCGCAAGUGGAAGCGCCAGCAGGCGAGCCCGAACGCGCGCCACGCCGGUCGGAGAUGACGGCCAUGCUCGUACAGAACAUGACGCAGAACUCGGCCCUCAUCAAGCGCUUGGCGAACCCGCCAAAAGUUGAAGGACGGGUCGAGGGCAUCAGCAUGCCGAUCUACGCAGGACGACACGAUGAGAACCUCGAGCUGUUCUGCUUCCAAGCGCGCGUGUACUUCGCAGCCAAGAACAUCAACCAUCGCGAGAUGGACAACCAAGUGCGCUGCCUGAACAUGAUGGUCGCAAACCUGCGCGGCGUGGCGGCCGCAUGGUACCAAGAGCGCGUCAAGUCCCAGAACGCAGUGCCGACGACGAUCGGCGAGUUCGAAACGGCGCUCAAGCGCGAGUUUGUGCCGCCGGACGCACAAGAACGCUAUCGAGACCAGCUCUACAACCUCCACCAACGCGAUUUCCGCACCCUUGAAGAGUACAUUGCGGCCUACCGCCAAAUCAUUGUGCGCGUGAACGACAUGUCGCAGCUCGACCGCGUCAUGCUCUUCACACGCGGGCUACGCACGCAGACGCGUGAAGAGGUGCAGUACCGCCGCGCUGACGUGGUCUCGGACGCUAUCGCGCUGGCGCUCGAGUUUGAGCGGACACACCCGUCGGUCGUCAACGAGUCGGCGGGCUACGACCGUGGUCGCGGCGGGUACGACCGGACGCGCGGCCACGACGGGCGGAUGCUCGACGGGCGGAUGCUCGUCAAUUACUCGGCCACGCAUGGCGGCCAAGGUGGUCGUGGUCGCAGUGGACUUGCGGACCCGUACGUGCACAAGGCCCACCAGCGCGGGCUGUGCUUCAAUUGCCACUCGGCGUGGCAUCAGUCACGUGAGUGCCCGGCGCCACGACGGGACGGUCGCCAACAGCCGAUGCGCCAGCACGUUCUGGAGGUCGAAGUCCACGACUACUCCGACAUGGCCGGCGAGCGCCUUGACGAGCACGUCGAAAUCACGACGUUGGCGCUCCGCCCCGAGCCCACCGACAUCGACGACAUGGCGGCCCAGGUGGCAGAGAUCGAAGUCAACACGAUCGAGGUGCGACCCGAGCAUGUGACCGUCGGUGCGACGGGUGUCAACGACCUGUUCACGAUGCCGGCGGUGGUCAACGGCAAAUGCCUCACGGCGUUGUUGGACUCGGGCGCAGACCACAACGUUAUCACGCCGGGCGUGGGUCGAGGGAUCAUGGCCACGAAGGCGGUGACAGUGACUGGUUUUGGCCCCGCGAACGUGACCCGCCGCUGGGUGCACGAGGUGUCGGACGUCGUGAACAUGGGCGGCCACACCUACGCCGAC